AUGUCGGCAGAGCUUAUUCCUCCCAACCCAUCGGAUGUCAUGGUCAUCCGCAAUGUCACCCCCAACAUUGCGACGUUUUCUGUCCCGUUUGCUAGAUUUGGCAAAGCUAAAAUCGGCGGUCGAGGAACGCUUGUGAAAUUGACAUCGGGUUCCUUGGCUGCGUUUUCUCCGGUAGCACUCACAGACGCAACCAAGGCCAAGGUAACCGAAAUGGGCGGCAAAGUCGGCUACCUGGUCGCCCUGGAUAUUGAGCACCACAUCUUCCUAUCUGAAUGGGCGAAGGAGUACCCCGGUGCCAAGAUCAUUGGACCUCAUGGCUUGCCCGAGAAGCGAGCCCAGCAGGACGACCCAAAGAUUGGAAAAGAGGAGUUCGCUGUCGUGUUUACGCCAGAGAAGAAACGCGAGACCAAAGUCAGUGAAGAGUUCGAUACCGAUUUCGACUACGAAUAUGUUGAUGGCCAUGCCAACCGCGAACUUGUGUUCUGCUACAAGCCCGAGAAGGUCUUGAUUGAAGCGGACCUGUUGUUUAACUUGCCUGCAACUGAACAGUACAGUAAAGUACCAGAAGGCGAACGACAAGCAUCGGGUGUGGUAGACAAGCUGUUUACCAAGCUUCAGAGUACCGAAGGUCAAGGCAAAUGGAUCAAGAGGUUCAAUUGGUACGUUCUUGCCAAGGAUAGGCCGAGCUACAACGAUAGUCUUAAGGUGAUUGGUGGCUGGGAUUUUAAUACUUUGAUCCCCUGCCACGGCGAUGUUAUUGAGGGUGACGCAAAACAGGUUUUUGACAAGAUAUUCAACUGGCACUUGGAUGGGAAGAAAUGA